AUGAAUGACCUGAUCAUCCACAAGGUGUCCGCUGCUCUGAAGGGCCACUGGGCCAACCCUGACCUGGUCUCCAGUCUACAGUAUGAGAUGCUUCUGCUCACCGACUCCAUCUCCAAGGAGGGGGGCUGCUGGGAGCUACGACUGCGAUGUGGUGAGGGCUUUUACCUCCUCUCCUCUCCUCUCAUCCCUUUUCCCCUUUUUAAUAAUCUCAUGAAUAAUCCCCGUCUCUCUCUGUGUCUAUAGCCCUGAAUCUGUUCCUGAUGGCCGUGAACAUCAAGACUCCUGUAGUGGUGGAGAACAUUACUCUGAUGUGCCUCAGGAUCCUACAGAAACUCAUCAAGCCCCCUGCCCCCACCUCCAAGAAGAACAAGGUACAUUACGACACUACACAGCGCCAGUCAGUCAGGUCAUACUUGCCUCGCAACGGCUUGGUGCGCGUUUGAGAGAGACCACAUUGCAGUCUGUGAUUGCGGAGCGACUGAUCUACACAUUUUUAUAAUGAAGAGUCGUUUUAGGAUUUAAGGUGAUUUUGAUUUGUCAGUCGAUGUAGUCGAUUUUUGAGGAAACGUGGUGUUUCUGUGUUUACAGGAUUCUGCUGUGGAGUCUCUGACUACAGUGAAGCCCUACUGCAAUGAGAUCCAUGCUCAGGCCCAGCUCUGGCUUAAGAAGGACCCCAAAGCAUCUUACGAAGCCUGGAAAAAGUGCCUUCCAGCAAGAUGUGAGUAG